CACGUAGGAAUUAAUGGUGGAAUUCUUCAAUGCCAAAAUGCAAGAAUGUGGUUUGUGUACAGCUAGUGGAAGACCUGUUAUCACAGCUCAAAUUGAUAUGGAAAAGAACUAUGCGUUUCUUGAGGUUUGUUCAUUGACAGGCCAUCUGUCCCAAGACUGUUAUUUUACUCAGAAAAUUUUACUCAUCAAACAUUUUCAUGGAAAUAACAUAUUUCUAACCUUUGCAUAGUUUCGGUCCGUUGAAGAAACAACGCAAGCGAUGGCAUUUGAUGGCAUUAUUUUACAGGUUUGAUUCGUUUGAAUCUAAAAUAUCUACAUAUUUUGUGAUCCUGUGCGCAUGUUUUAUAUUUGUUACAAUCGAAUUUGUAUUUAGGGUCAGUCACUGAAAAUUCGACGUCCCAAAGAUUAUCAAGCCGUUCCUGGUCUGGGUGGAGGUAUGAAUACUGUACAAGCUUCUCAAUUCUAGUCGGAUUUUGGUAAAUGCCAACCACCUAUCAGUUUGCAUGCGAUGUCAAUUUGGAGCAAAAGAGAAAGGCAAAAUAAGCAACUAUAAUGCCUGUAUUCUAAAAGAUCACUCACACUCAAUGAGUGGAAGUUCAAUCUGAGCUUCUCUUGAGUGUCAUUACUGUUUUUUAAUAGCUGGAGGGUUAUACCUUACUAUGUGACUACUCACCCUUAGGGGUGCACCGGAUUUAGAAUUUUCAAAACCGGCCGGAAUUGGAUUUACCAGAUUUUGACAAAAAUUCUGGCCGGAUUUGCCGGAUUUGAGAUAAAUAGGUAAUGGGGACAAUUGGGGAUAAAUCAGCAUUCAAAAUGGCGGUUUAUGUUUUUUACUAUUUUUAGUUAGUGUCAGUUUCGAUUUUUGAUUGUGUUUAAACCUUUUUUAAAUAUCUUUUUGUUAAUAACUUAAUAUUUUAUAAUAAUAUAAGUGUUUUUUAAACUUUAAAGCUGCCAAAUUGAUGGUUUAUCCCAUUCUUGGUGAAUUUUUAAGGUGAAAACAGAAAUUUAAAUCCGGCCGGAUUUUCUCCAAAUCCGGCCGGAUGCCGGAAAAUUCAUUAAAUCCGGCCGGAAUUCCGGCCGGAUUUCAAAUCCGGUGCACCCCUACUCACCCUCCAGCUAUUCAAAAACAGCACUGACAUUCAAGGAAAGGUCAGAAUCUCAGACUGAACCUUUACUCUUUGAGCGUAAGUGUUAGUGAGCUUUUAGAAUACAGGCAUAAGUCUUGAUUUAUUUGUCUGAUAUAAAUUUAAUAUUUGUCAAAUAUAGACAAAAACCCUGUUGUUCACUGAAUCAGGGACAAACAUUCUGAUCAAAUUUAUAUCUAGACAAGUUUCUCUUCCUAUAUGGAAAACCAUCUUAACUAAGUGUAUUCAGCUAUUGCCUUUUCGCCAUUAAUUAAUUUUUAUCUUUUUAUGUGAACUUUUAUAAUUAUUUUUUGUAGAUUCUUCAAUGGUCCAUGUUCCAGGUAUGAUAACCGACAGUACUUGCAUCUGUAUACUUUAUGGUUGUUUACUGUUGUUUACAGCAGGAUCUUAUUUUUUCCUAAAUCGUUUUCUUAACAUGCAGUUAGUAAUCAUUGACAGUCGUAUCUGACUUUUCAUCAAUCUAGGUGUUGUGUCAACAGUUGUUCCUGACUCGCCUCACAAAGUCUUCAUCGGCGGCCUGCCGAACUAUCUGAACGAAGACCAGGUCUGUUGCAAUCUCAAAAAAAUUCUCUAUUGCGUCGGGGUGAUUUUCACUUCAAAAAGAGACAUAGCUGUAAAUCAACAAAAAUCAAAAAUGAAAAAAAGUUCAAAUUUAUUUUAUCAGGCAAUUGAAAAACGAUCUCAAAAUUUUGUGCUUCAAAAUUAUGGACAAGGGUGUGCGUAUCGCGCUUUGUGUCUGCACUUUUUUAGCGUUUGUUUCAGGAAUUUUUAGAUUCCAAUGAAAGAAAGAAAAUACAGGAUUUUUAGGUCAUAUUAUGCAGAAAACACUGGAUUACGUGGAUUUUUAGGUCAUCACAAAAGAAGAUUUCUUUAGGGUUUUUAUUUUCACAGGUUUUAGGCAACUUUUAGGUACUUCAAAUUCCAGGAAUUUUUAGAUUCUGAUAAGAAGAAUUUUUUUGCACCAAGGAACUCUUAGGUCAUCACAAAAGAAGGCAUUUUUAGUUUUUUAAACUCUUUACAGAUUUUAGAUUGGUUUCUUCAACACAACGUUCAUUUUAGGGUCUUUGUGGUAUUCAUAUGGAUGUGAUACUGAAUUUUCUCUUGAAACGAUCAGCAGAUUUUUAGGUCACUGAAGUAUUGCAUUUUUUGGUAUCAGUAUUUUUAAUUAAUUAGAUAUUAUAAUUGUUAAUUUUAUUAUUUGAUACAGUUUAUUACAUAAUACUUCCGGGGUUAUAUUUUAUAUGUAUGUUUUCUAUUUGAUAUAUAUUUUUUGUGCGGCCAAUCUUGUCCAUAUUUUUGAGUACACAAAUUUCUUAUUUGGUAAAAAAAUUGUUUUUUUGAAAUUUAUGCCUCUUUUUGAAGUGAUUGUUAUUGAAAGGGGUAGGGGAUGGCUCAACUAUGCCAUGGUAUCCCAAGAUGGGUAGGUUAGUAUGUAGUGUAGUAAUUUAAUUCUAAAACACAUAACUGACGUCUUUCUUCUCGAUUUUUUUCCAAAAUUUUACUCCCUAGCUUAGGGGAGCCUAAAACUGUCAAUGGUUGGAAGGCAAGUAAUAAAGAAAGUUAUGUAUUUGGCAAAGAGAAAUGUCUGACCCAAUGGCUACAUGCUUGGUCUCAUUCUUCCUUACAUCAGAGACGUUUUAGACGUUGUUUCAUGCAUAAUCACUGACACUGUAUAUUGCAUGCAACAUUAGAAAAUUUCUUUUGGCAAGCUAGGUUAGCUCUAGUAGUUGGGUAAACUAUGAGGAAUGUCGAAACGAAGUCAGCUAUUCACAUUAGUUUGUUCGUAUUGUAGAGUGAGUAAAGAUCGCAAUAACCAAUUGCUUCAUCCUAGCUGAGCAUGCGUAGAUUGUACAUGCUGACUUGUACUGAAUACUAAUGAGGCGAACAACUGAAUUUAUUUCAAAAUACAGUGGGCAGGGAUUUUUAUAUAUUGGUAUAAUUUUGAAGUUAACAAAAACCUAAAGGCCAAAACAUCAAUUUUAGGUGAAUCCAGCAUUAUGAAACGUAUUUGAGCCUUAGUUUUUUGCUACAAAUGAAUGAAAGUAAAAGAAAAAACAAAAAGCACACGAAAAUUAUUGGCUGUGUGAUACCAUACAACUCUUCAUAGUCUUUAGGCAAGCAAAAUUAUAACCUUCACUCUUAGGUUCAUUGUAUCGUUGACUUUCCAUCCAAAGUUUUUCUAUGACUUUAAAAGCUAUUCACAGUAUUUCUGUGGAAAGUCUUAACAACAAGUUUUUAUAAGCUAAUUCCCAAUUGACAAAAGUUUUGGGGCCUACAUGUACUGUACAUGUUUUAAAACGUGUUAAAACAUCCUUAAAGAUCUAACCAACUGUAGAUUUUCGGGCAUCAGUGGCACCAUCUUCUUCAAUUGUUUUAAGUUUCAUUGCCCAAGUCAAGAUCGUUCAUCUAAUGGAACUAUAGGCUUUUUGCUCAAUUAAUUUAGCUAACCAAUUGCCAUUAGAACACUAUACAGUGCACAAAACAUGCAACUCUUUUGGAAUCGCAAAGAAAACGCAACAUAAAAAACAAUAGGUUAUUUAGGUUGGUCUCUUGAGUAACGACUAACUGGAGUAAUGUAUGUUAUGUGUAUUUCAUAUUUGUCGGUAACUAUGUAGACGUAGAAUUAUUGUUAAGAAAAUGUACAGACGAACGCAUACAAUUCCAUCCCUUUCGUGUUGAAAGGACUUCACUUUGGCGUUCCCUUGCUUUUCUUAAUAAUUUUUCUAUGUUGUAAACACCGGUUUUGGUUAGUUGUGUUGCGAGAUCUGUGGUUGUGUUAUGUAGAGAAAAUAAUGAAAGCGCCUAAAUGAUUUGGGUGUAACAAACUUUAUGAUUGUGGGGGGAGGCGACUUUAAAAAAAUGAAAAGUAAUGUGUACAUUGUACAAACUUUUGUGUACUCGCUCACUCGCUCCUCCACAGGUAAUUGGUGAAUGCUCAUUUUCCUCCUAGUUUAAAAGCGUCUGUGGAGGAGAGGGCGUACCCCAAAUAAAUUCAGCACUCCCCCGUCUCCACUUUUCACAAUUACGCCACAGACUAUGUCAUAGUCUACCCCUCCCCCCAAAAAAGUCGACAUGAACCUGGAUAUAUUGAAAUUACUGGUGGAGCCUAUGGAGGGGUGCACCCCCAGAAAAAUUAGCACCUCUUGUGUACGAUGUCCCCUGCAUUGCCACUUAAAUGUACACCCAAAAUCUCAUUUAAAUUAUUUCUUUUCAAAACAAUCGUGUAGCUGCUUUCAUUGUUUUUGCCUUGUAUUUAACAUUAAGGGAGCACAAAUUAAGAUUAUUUGACACUUCGUAAAUGGUUUUUCCGUUUCAAUAAUUCCAUUUUUUUCAGAAUAAAUUCAGUUGAAAUUUUUGUAAGUUCAGCAACGAGUUUCAUACGAAAAUUUCUGCCGAUAUGAAAGAAACCUUUUUCACUCUAAAAACAACAAAAAUUAAGCAGUUCUUUUUAAAAAAUGUGCUCAUUCCCCAGCGACCAACUGAACAAAAGCCAUGGCGGCCAUGUUGGUGUUCCAGACAAAAGAAUCUAAUUAAAAUUCUUUUGAAUUGGAGCACCAACAUGGCGGCUGUGACGUCAUGUGCAACGCUCUAUAAUGUUCAAUUAGUUCGCGUUUUUCUGCUGGGCAUAUUGUUUUUAUCUCACAGGCUGCUUCUGUUGUAUAGGUUAAGGAAUUAUUGGCUUCAUUUGGCGAACUAAAGGCGUUCAAUCUGGUCAAAGACAGUGCAACGGGUCUUUCUAAAGGAUACGCGUUUUGUGAAUAUGUUGAUAUGUCGAUUACUGACGUGGUAUGUUGAAAAUACUACGUAUAGUCUGUAAUAUAAUCUGUGCCAGUGUAGGAUUGAGAGAGGCUUCAACUACCUGAAAAUAUAAGUAGAACUUCGACGUUUCGAUCGAUGGGAACUUAGUAGCUUCUAGUGCUCAGGCCUUAAAAUAUCUUUUACAGGGCCGUCUGACAAAAUGUCCGAUGACGUUGAGUUUGGGUCGGACAUAUGUCCGAUGACCUUCAGUUCAGUUUUGACUCGGAAAUAAGUCUGAAUGACGCAAAUGAAUAUCAGCACAAUGUAUUAAUUCUGAACGGUAAAUGUUGUGAAGAUAUUAAUAAAUAAUUUGUGUCACUCAUACUUAUUUCCAAACCAAAAUUAACUUGCUUGCAAGAACAGAAGUAAAACUUCGACAACUUAAGCCCGUUUUCCAUUUCGCUAGCACGCCGCCGCCCCGCGCUCGAUCAGCCUACGUUAAAACAACAUUUCCAUGCAGUUUACUUUUUAUACAAUACUCAAUUGUCCUUUAUUUUCCAUUUACCAUACGAGCGUUACUGCGGAUUGAUUUACGUUGGACAAAGGGACAAAGCUACAGUUCGGUCGGACACCUAUACACUCGAGUCGGACAAACAGUAAACCCCAGUUUCAUUUAUGUCGGACAGAAUGUCCGGUGGCUUCCUCACUACGUCGGACAAUUUCACGAAUGCGUCGGACAAUGUCCGUGACCGACCGAUAUUUUAAGGCCUGAGUGCUACUGGAUCUCUACUUGAAGGGUCCUGUAUAUACAUUUAUUAGACCUAACCAGGAACAGCUGCCAAGAAUGCAACUACAGGUCCCUGGAGACAUGAGUCAUAAGGUGGUUGCCAGAGGCACUCUUAGUAAGCCUUCGACUGGAUCAGGUUGUGCUGCGUCUUUCGUAAAAUUUUCAGUUUAGCUCUCAAUUGCAAGUAAGGAUGAUUAACUUCAGAAAUGUAGUCUGUACCCUUUCGUUAAUAAAACUGGUAUAUUGGUGAGUUACAGGGCAACAGAAGGUAGUUUACUUCAGAAAUGUCGAUACUAACGUGAGCAUGAAAGUUAUUACAUGAUUACUACAUAUCAUUAAAACAUUAUUUUCCCAUUCCGAUAACUGUCGGUUCAUCAUUGCAAGUCCUUAAUUGCAUUUCGUUUCUAGGCAAUCCAAGGUCUAAAUGGCAUGCAACUUGGUGAGAAGAAACUGAUUGUCCAACGUGCAAGUGUUGGAGCUAAACAGAACAUGAAUAAUGUAAGUUCCACUUCUGUUUCCCCCCUACAGUAACACUACACGUCUGAGACGAACAAGUCAUUCACUCCGAGAAGCAAGCCAAUUCACAUGUCAUUUUGUCUGCGACCAAAUCAACUCGCAUGUCAUUCUGCACAGUUUUUUCGUACCCAUGGCAAUUAUAUACAGUAAUCUCAAACUCAUUAAUAAUUCGUGAGUAAAUUAGCCAACCAUAUUGCUUUAUUUUGCUCACAUGAUAAUACUGGAUACCUGGUGAAGUAUAUAAAACUAUAUUAAUUCAGUCCUUGGACUGGAUCAAAAUUAAUUCAGUCCUUGGACUGGAUCAAAAUUAAUUCAGUCCUUGGACUGGAUCAAAAUUAAUUCAGUCCUUGGACUGGAUCAAAAUUAAUUCACUUUACUUUAAGUAGUGAUUAAUUCGUACAGGUAUGAGAUGUCAUUUCAAAUCCUUCAUUUCGGACUGGACUAGAUUUCAAGUCCAAUUUGAAAUCUAGUCCAGUCCUCACAGUCAGAUUUGAAAUAUUACAUAUACUAUGUAACAUUACUGGCUUCACAGUCAUACUGUGAUAUGCCAAUCUGGCUGCAAUAGUCACAGUGCAUCGAUGAAUUUCCAGUGCAAGUUGUAGAUAAGUUAAUGUUCACUAGAUAUUUACGAUUUUACGUUUCACUUGCGUAGGCAACAAGUCAUUUCUUGCAAGUUUUUCUCGAGUCCAAAUCAAGUCAUAAAAGUCAUUUUGUUCGAGUCCAAGCCAAGUCGCAAGUCGUUAAUAUCAUUAACAAACCAAGUUACAAAAAUUGCGACUCUGAUUCGAGGCCAAAUCACAUGCUUCGAUCAUAGAUAUCUUAUAUACACUAGAUAGUGCAUCUAAUUAUUCUGCAAUUCAAAAAUUGAAGCCGUGAUUGCAGACUCAGGAUAUUCCCAUGAAAUGAGAAGACUAGUAUGUUUACUUAAACAUUAAGUUAAACCUAUUCCAAAUACAUUUUCAAACUAUUCAAAUGAUAAAAGUUAUUGUUGUUUUUUAAGCGUUUAUUAGCGAGUGGGAAACUCCAAUAUGGCCGCCAUCUAUUCAAGUGGGGGUAACCGCUGGAAUAUUCUUGGCUUCAAUUUUACUAAAAGAGAUGCGCUAUCUAGUGUAUAUAAGAUAUCUAUGGCCUCGACUAGAGUUCGCAAUUCUGCAUUAUAAAUAAAGUCAAUUUAGUUCUGGUCCUUGCUAGACCUCUAUUACACAAAAUGAGUUAAACGUGGUUUUACUUUUCUCUGUAGCCGGAUGCGAUCAACAUGGUACCAGUACAGUUACAGAUUCCAGGUCUCGAGUUAAACAAAGUAACGAACGAAGUACCUACAGAGAUCCUGUGUCUCAUGAACAUGGUGCUAAAAGAUGAGCUGUUUGAUGAUGAAGAGUAUGAAGGUUUGUUAAAACAUAAUUCAAAAUUUUCAUUCCUCCUGAAUUCCAAAUCAGUUCUGGGGCCUGUUGUAUAAAGGUCGAUUUAGACUACACAACUUUUGCCUAAAAACUGUCGCAUGCAUUGCAACCUGCUUACAACUUGAAUUGUACUGUGUGAAUCAAGCAUACAACUCACCUACAACAACGUAGAGGCGAGUUAUGUGCUUGAUUUACACAGUACAACUCAAGUUGUAAGCAGGUUGCAUGCGACAGUUUUAGGCAAAAGUUGUAUGGUGUAAAAUGUUUGACUACUGUAUACCUUUUAACUACACUUAUUUUCCUGUUGAAUAAUAAUACAUUUCUUAUCAAACUUCUUCUGUAUUUACGAUUACUCGUCUGUUCAUUCCUAGAAAUCUACGAAGAUGUUCGCGACGAAUGUUCCAAGUAUGGCAAUGUUGUCAGUGUUGAAAUUCCGAGACCCACACCUGAAUUUGAACCACCUGGAUGUGGCAAGGUACUGAGGAUUAAUUUGAUUUGUAGGGAUGUUAGGAUCGAUUCCUGCAAUUGACCAAUUCGAAAACUAGUUACCACAUUACAGUUUACUCCCGUAGUAACACUAUAUAAAUCAGGGAUGGGUCUUAUUGGAUCUCUCUAGGAAGAACAGCAGGGGGCGGAAAAAAAUUUACUUUCUGGGACCGCAAGAGAACAUUGGAAAUUUUCUGCAAAUAAUCAAGUAAAUCCACAGAUCCGAUCAUGUCAAAAAAAGAGCAAUACUAGGGGGGCACUAUGAGGGGGGUCUGUUCUCCCCCAGAAAAUUUUGAAAAUCGGGUGUCCCAGAUUGUCCAAAAAUGCAUUUGUUACACAACAUUUGUUACAUCGUUCUAUAGUCUAUACAUUUAUACACUAUCGCACUAUUAUAAUGGAUGCCCUUAUAAUCGCAUUUCUGAGCUCAUAGCUACAGUACAGGUAACAUUCUUUCUAUUGGUUAGAACUUUUCCUCUGAAUUUCUCCUUUUAUCUACAUUAUUACAAUUAUCUUUUUUUUCUUUCUUGGGGAAACAUUUUCUGGGAACUCAAAAAAUUUUCUGGGACCAAUGGUCCCGUGGUCCUAAGACUUUUUCCACCCCUGGAGAACAGUUUAAAACUAAUCGAAUAAAUAGAGUUAGUUUAGUCUUUUAUAUUUUGCAAACUAAGAGCAAUACAAGUUUACUAUAAAAGAUUUACCGUACAAAUUUACUAGUUUUACGGUUAGCUAUAUAUAUGCUCGACUUCGUCACAUAUGAAAGAAGACUUACAAAGUCUAAUAUAUAACAGACUACUCUGACAGAAAUAUUUUCUUUCAGAUAUUUGUGGAGUUCUCAUCGGCAAGCGAAAGCAAGGUCGCCCAUCAAGCUCUCACUGGACGUAAGUUUUCAAAUCGCGUGGUGGUCGUUUCCUACUUUGAGCCAGAAAAGUACCAUCGCAAGGAGUUCUCAUAGGUAUUGCAACGUCCAUAUCACAAAACUCUUGGGGCGAGGAUUUUUAAAGUGAGCUUUAACGAGUGGCUUUGACUCAUGCAAGUGGAGAUAUAUAUUGAAUGCAUACUCGUGUCUCUUUGAAAAUUUGUGCACACAAUUUUUCACUUAAUUGGUUCCAAAUUUUUUUAGCAUGGUAUUAUGUGCUGUUAAAUUCAACUGGACGAUAUACUGAGUACGCGCCUUACUAACUAUUAUUGCUACUGUAUGUUUUGACCUCUCGUAAGCUGUCAAGGUGCCAUGGAGUUGAGGAGUUUGUGUCAACGGGUUCAAACAAAACUAGUGAUUUGUAUCUUUUGUGAUACAAGUUGCUUCACAAGCGUAUAGACAAGCGCUUUUAUGUUUCUAGUGCUAUUUUCCCGUAAAGCUUCUACUUUUUCAUUUUCAACUAAGCUCUUAUACUGUAUUAUAAAUGUGAUUAAGAAUAUAAAAGCGUUUCUUUGUUUUACUAUAAAGUUUGAUGGUUCUCAUUGUUCCACCAACAAUGUUGAAAGAUUCUAGAGGAGAAUUGGGAAUAAAGUCGAACCUGAGCUACUGUAACAUCUUCCAAUGUUACCAAGCAUAAUUUUCAAACAGAACUGCUCUUGACUAGGCUGUGCACAGACUCUAUUAUCCAUAAUACAGUCUGUACACAGGCUAGCUUUUGACCUACUCUUUUAAAUUCUGGCAUUUAUACCGUAGAACACUAAUAGCAAAUUUUAAAUCCAAAAGCGUGUUGAUGAAGGUCUAUUUCGUGCACUAGUGAACAGAUC